GACUGACAGUCGAAAUUGGGGCGCUCGAGCGAAAUUGCGGCGCACCGGCUUUUUGAAUCUUUUCGAAGUGGUGCAGCGAAUAAUUUUGAUUAUCUAGCUAGCAAAGAACUGCAAAGAUAAUCAUGCGACUGGCACAACGUUACGGAAUUGCACUGGUUGCGCUGCUUAUGGUUGGGGCGACCGUAUUGUUCUUCUGGUCGGAAAAUAUCAUUAACUACGAAAACAUCAAGUUCAACAGUCCUGUGGAGCUGGUCUGGUGGUCCAGGGAUAUGUCCUGGAAUUACGACGUGCAGCGCCAGUGCGGAAUUCAUACUUGCCGCAUCACCAACAAGCGGAGCCGCCGUCCGUGGGCCCGGGGCGUCCUGUUUUACGGCUCAAACAUAAAGACGGGAGACUUUCCCCUGCCUCGGAACGAGCACCAAAUCUGGGCCCUACUGCAUGAAGAAUCACCAAGGAACACCCCUUUUGUGUCCAAUAAAGAGUUCCUUCGCCACUUCCAUUUCACAUCCACGUUUAGCCGCUACAGCAACUUGCCGCUGACUACGAUGUACUUGCCCAGUGGCGAGGCGCUUACUUCGAAGGAUUACUAUGUUACGUUUGACGGCAAGUCAAAGUACGGAUACCGUCCAUCCACAUCGGUGGUGUUCCUCCAAAGCGACUGCGACACGAUGUCUGGAAGGGAGGACUACGUAAAGGAACUGAUGAAACAUCUUCCGAUCGAUUCCUACGGCAGCUGCCUACGGAAUAGAGAUCUGCCAGAGAGCUUGCAGAAGGAUUACUUGAAUAAUUUAUAUUCACCGGAGUUGCUGCGUUUCCUGUCCGAAUACAAGUUCAUGAUUGCCAUUGAGAACGCUGCCUGUCCGGAUUAUAUUACCGAAAAGUUUUGGCGUCCUUUGAUAAUGGGAGUUAUUCCAAUUUACUUUGGCUCACCCACCAUAAAAGACUGGGAACCGAAUAAUAAAUCUGCAAUUUUUGUGAACGACUUUCAAAAUCCUCAGGCAUUGGUAGAGUAUCUCAAUAAGUUGGCGGAUAACAAAAAGCUGUACAAUUCGUACCGCCAACACAAACUAAAUCGGCGUAACCCCAUUUCCAACAAAAAGCUACUCCACAACCUUGUCACGCGCCAGUACCACAUAGGCGAUUCUUCUCCGGGAGCAUCACUCUUUGAGAAGUUCGAGUGUGCAGUGUGCUACCAUGUAAUCAAUACUGCCAGGAACGUGAAGGCCGACUUGCGUCAUUACAAUUGUCCCCUGGAACCGGUGUAUGCUAAGAUGGAGGGUCAGAAAAUUCCUCAAAAUGUCGCGGAUUGGCGAGCCGCAAUGGAGGUAGGCCAGUGCCAAGCUAAGGUACUCGAUGAGUUCUUCCGUCGAGACAUCGGUUUCAAUGACGCAGAGUUUGAUGCUGAGCUCAAUCGGAGGAUUGAGGGAAACAAUUGCAGUAAUAGUUCAAAUACUUAAUUCGAAAAAUACGUCAAUCAUACAGACUUUACCAUGUGAUAAUAAAUGUAUAUUAAACUAUUUACAAUAAGCUGUCAUUUCUGGUAUUUACAAUGUAAAUGUACCUCAUCCAGGACUUUAUUUUCCUAUUCCAUUUAAUUGAAAACUGUUGUACACAAUAU